UUGAAUGGCUUGAACUUCAAGCCUCGAAGAAUACUUUAUAAUAGCAACUAACGUCGUCACUGACAUACUGGUUAUGUCGGUCAUAUCGAUAAAUACGUUUUUAAGUGAAUAAAAUAUCAAAUUAAAACGACAAAAUGGUCGCUUAUUGUUUCGUUGAAGGAUGUACAUCAAGUAAUUAUAAAAAAAUUACUGAAAAAAAUAAAUCUACGAUACCUAUGUAUGGAUUUCCCAGUGAUAAAGAACUUAAAGAAAAAUGGAUAAAUGCAUUGCUCAUUUUAAACAAACAAAGUAAUGCUACAAAGCCAUCAAAAUACAGUAAAAUCUGUAUCAAACAUUUUACAAAGGAUCAAAUUGAACAAAUUGGAUUGCAGCAGAGUACUCGUUUGAAAAGAAAUGCUGUUCCAAGUAUAUUUCCCAAUGCAGAACAAAAUGAAAACAUAUCUGAAAAUGGAGACAAUUUAGAUUACAAAAUCAAAAUUGAGGAAGCUGAAUUAAAUGACCCUUAUUAUUCAGUCUCAAUUAUUCAAAAUUUAAAUAAAAAUUCAAUUGAAUGCAGUAAAACUACUGAAAUUAAUUUAAAUGAGUUGCAAGAAAAUAUUAAAAAAGAACCUGUAGAUCAUCAGUUCAAUGAAGAAAAUGAUGCAUCCUCUUCCAAUAUGCAUGUUAAAGAAUGCAUUGUGGAUCAAAGUACUAAAAUAUUUACUAAGAAGAUUAGAUAUCCUGGAGAUAUUACGGAUACGCUAAUAGAAAAUAUGUCUCGAAAUGAAUUGAUAGACAUUAUUAAAAUGUUGAGAGAAGUAAUAAAAAAGAAAAAAAUGCUUAUAAAGAGUUUGCAAACUCAACUUUUCCGUAAAAAUAAAAAAAAAUAGACAAUUUAAGCAUAUUAUUAGAAAAUUUGAAGAAAAAUGUACUCUUCCUUCUAAUUGUAAUACAUUGCAGAUAAAUAAAUUUAAGUUUAUAAUAUAUA